GUUCUAUAUAUGACUGUGCAAAUCCGCCUGAGUGGAUUUUUAGAUGCUUUAUCUAGAUCACGUGAGAGACUCGCCUAGAACAGAUUUUUUUCUACGCGAAGUUUUAUGCUCGACUUUUUCAAUUCAGCGUAAUUAAAUUAUGAUGAAUCUUUGCGUGUGCAGUGCCUCAAUUUAUUAUACGGAUAAAUAAGAAAUAGAGUAUAACGUAUCUUUUUUCGAUUUCCGAUGCAUAAAGCAACACAAACGCGACGUAAUGUCGAGUAAAACAGUAUUUGUCACAGUCGGCACAACGAAAUUCGAUAAUCUGAUAACUACAGUGUUGAGUCGUGAAGUUUUAGAGGCUCUGUCGGCACAUAAUUACAAACACCUGAUCCUGCAAAUUGGCAGUAGUGGCUUAGAGCCAGAUUGUUCGCCACGUUGCGGCUUCCAUAAGAUUGAAACUUUUAAAUUAAGCCCUUCGAUUGGAGAGUACAUGCAAUCUGCAGAUCUUGUGAUAAGUCACGCUGGCGCAGGAAGUGUAUUGGAAGCUUUGGAAAAUCGCAAACACUUAAUCGUAGUGAUCAAUGAUCUUCUCAUGGACAAUCAUCAAGUAGAAUUAGCUGAGCAGCUGUGCAAGGACGAACAUUUAUAUUACUGUACUUGUCAAAAUUUACUGCACACUGUACAAACAAUGGACCUGGCAAAGUUAAAGCCAUUCGUCAGCGAUAAGAGUAAAAAUAUUGCUGGUUUUAUCGAUGAAAUAAUGGGGUUUAGGUGAUGACGCAAUAUUUUGCGUAAUGAUGACCGGCUGUUAUACAUUGGUUAUUUGCAAACGUCAAGUAGCUCAACAAGCAGUAAUAUUAUAUAUAUUUCAAUUUUUAACAUGUUUUACAGUAAGGAUACAUAUUUCACAAAACGUAAAUUCAUUACUAUAGUAUAUUAUAUAUGUUCGAUAUAAUUUACAAUACAUUAUAUACUUAAACAACCGUUUUUCACAAAAUUAUGAUUAUAUAUUAUAGAAAAAUUGAUAACUUCGUUUCGCAGCGUUUGCACAGCGAACCCGUGACAGAUCAAUGGCAGUUAACGUUUUCUUAGAUAAUUUACAAAUUAUUUUCGAUACCUGUCACUGUUAACGCAACGGCUAAUUCUAUAAAACUAUUAUAAAUGAUGCUUGCUAUUAAAAUAAGUUGGCUUCUU